CAAGCUUCCCCUUCUCCUUCUCCUUCUCUCUCUCUCUCUCUCUCUCUCUCUCUCUCUCUCUCUCUCUCUCUCUCUCUCUACAGAGUCCAUGGACACCGCCGGCUCCGACCGCAAGCCGGAGAAGCAGACGACUGGCCUCUCCAGCUACUUCCGCUUCAAUGUGGUGCUGACGGCCUUCCGGUUGCUCGAGGUCGGGUUGGCUCUCUUCUUCCUCCUCCGCGUCUCCGCCCGCGUCCCGUUCGCCUUGAAGCUAUCAUGCGAGUACUCUUGCCUCCUCCUCGGCUUCAUGGCGCGGCCGUUGUUCGUCUUCAUCCUCUGCAACGUCAUCAUCGCCGCCCUCCUGACCAAGCCCGGCCGGUUCUGCGCCCGCAGGCCGCCGGCCGAUGACGACGGCGGCGGCGCGGCCGAGGAGCUCUACGAGGAGAUCGUCAAGAUCAGCGAGAGCCGGGCCAGGCCCGUGCUUCCCCUGUUUCGCGAGGCGGAGGAGGUCGUGUACGAGGACAAGGAGAUCAUCAGCGAAGUCAGCACGGGCGCCCGAGCUGGAGGAGGCGGCGUUGGCGCCGUCGACUUUGAGGAAGAGGUUGCCGAGGAGGAGGACGAGGAGGAGGACGAGGAGUGCCGCGGGGGUCGCUGGCCGCCGCAGGCCGAGAAGAGGCCGAGGACGGCGAGAUCCAGCGGGGACUCGUGGGAGAGCUCGCGCGCCGACUACAACGGCGGCGGCUGCGGCGGCGAUGACGACGAGGAGCUGAGCAACGAGGAGUUCCAGCGGGCGAUAGACGCAUUCAUCGCGAAGCAGCUGAGGUUCCGGCAGGAGGAGAGCUUGGCCAUCGUGCUGCAGAGCCACUGAACGGGCGCCAAAACUGGUUUUCAAAUCCUGUUGAAUAGUGUAGAGAGAGAGAGAGAGAGGUCAGGAAGUUGCCGAUGGCGAAUGGCGAAUCUUGUUUUUCCAGUUAUAAUGCCCAUGUGUACAGUCAAAGAUAUCAAGAGCUGAUGAGUUUUAGAGACUUGCUCAGUUCCCUUCCUUUUCUUACACUCUAUUUCCUCCCUCCCUCUCGUCUUUGAAUUUUCUUUUUUACUUACUUUUCAGAAGCAUACGAUUCCCUCCCUCCCUCUCUCUCUCUCCUGCUUCUUCUUUUUCUUCUGGUGGGGGAUUAGAAUAAUGUGGGGGAAGAGCAAUGGCAGGGACUGCAGUGCCGUCAAAUCGCUCGGCAUUCGGCGCUGAAACCUUUGGAGAGCCCCCUCUGAAUCGAAAGCGUGAGGAAGCAGAAGCAGAAGGAGAAGCAGCCGCAGCAGCAGCAGCAGCAGCCAGCAGCGGUCAUUUCGUCGGUCAGAAAUAAUUCACGGACGCAUAUAUAUUACUUAUAUCCGUAAUCUCAAGGCCUGCGUUUGCCUCUUUCCAGUAAAAGGGCGAGUAAAAUAUUAAGCAAGCAAUGCCUUUCAUAAUUCAUGAGUGACUGGCUGAUGGUUUUUGGUUUCAUCCAAUGGGUUUCUUUUUCAAAGGAGAGAAAUCAUUCCGGACCUAUAAUGGACCGCCAAUGUCACAACCUUCGUACCCUUUUCUUUUUUGUACUUUU